AUGAACGAUUGGAAACAUUAUGCAGACGUGGAAGAGAAGUUCUUCAGACAAAAAUCACGUAUAACAUGGCUGAAACAUGGAGACCAAAACACAACUGUUUUUCAUCGUGCGGCUCAGAUUAGAAAGUCGAAAAAUGCGAUAAGAAGACUGGUUAAUGCAAUGGGAGAUGAAAUUUUGGAUCCGAAAUUGAUAAAAGCAGAGGCAGUCCAUUACUACAAAGAGUUUCUGAACAAACCCUCUCCACUGAUGGACAUUCAUACUCUUGAUGAACUAACUGAGCUUAUAGACUUCAAAUGCUCGGACAUGUAA